UUCUUCUUUUCACCCCAAAAAAAAAAGGGAAGUGAACCGAACAGACAAAACCCUUGAAAGGGCGCCAGCGUUUAUCGGGUUUCUUCCUUCUGAACCACACCGCGCCGCCACUGCCGUGUCGCCACCGCCACUAUCGCUACCUCCGCCGUUGAUACAUUAGCACAAAGAUGGCUCUAUCAGAGGAGGAGCUCUCAAAACUUUUUAGAGUUCGUAAGACACUGAUGGAAAUGUUGUCCGAUAGGGGCUAUCUUGUUGGAGAUUUUGAGAUAAAUAUGUCAAAACAUCAGUUCCUUCAGAAGUAUGGUGAGAACAUGAAGAGAGAAGACCUUGUAAUUCAAAAAGCCAAACGUAACAACAGUUCUGAUCAGAUAUAUGUGUUCUUUCCAGAGGAGCCAAAGGUUGGUGUUAAGACAAUGAAAACUUAUACAGAGCGCAUGAAAAAAGAAGAUGUGUUCCAAGCAAUUCUGAUUGUACAACAAAAUCUGACUCCCUUUGCUCGUACCUGCAUAAGUGAAAUAUCUACAAAGUUCCACUUGGAGGUUUUUCAGGAGGCAGAAAUGUUGGUAAACAUAAAAAAUCAUGUUCUAAUUCCUGAGCACCAGCUACUUUCUCCUGAAGAAAAGAAGACCUUGUUGGAAAGAUACACUGUGAAAGAAACACAGCUUCCUCGGAUUCAGAUCACCGACCCAAUUGCUAGAUACUACGGGCUAAAACGUGGCCAGGUCGUGAAAAUUAUUAGACCAAGUGAGACUGCAGGCCGUUAUAUUACUUAUCGUUAUGUGGUUUAAACUAGUUUUUAAUGUCUUCGUCAGCUGAAAUGUAAGAAGUUGAGAGAGUGGUCAUGUAAUGUAAUUGUUUGUUAUUUGCUUCCAACGCCUCCUAAAAAGAGCGAUUGAGAAUCUCAAAAGACCUUGUAUUUUGUCUAAUCUUCUUUGCUAUGUAUACCAGGGAUGCCUCAGAAAAUUGUGUAUUUUCACAUGUUAUAAUUUGGUUUUUGAGUAUAUUGAGUUUGUGUUGCCUA